AAACGUGGCGAACUGGCGAGCUCAUUGCAUGACGAUUUCGCGCUAUGCCUACUAUACAGAGACCAUGUAGUGCUUACGAUUUGCUGGUAUGAAACCAAGAAAUCCUUGUAAGAGAAAAAGUUGGUGAUUCGUUUUUGCGAAUAUGAUAAGCGCCACCGCCUCACCUGCGGUUCUGACGGACGGAUGGACGUGUUUAUUGCUUCCGGUUGUGCGCUAUUUCAGCAUAAGAUAAACUGGAUUGGUAAUAGCCAACUUGGAAAAGGUGGAACAGCACAAGAUUUUUCUACUGCCGCAUUAGAAAAUCUGGCAACACUGAAUUUUUUAUCCGACAAAUUUUUUAAAACGGCAUUAGCUUGUUAACGAUUCAUAAAAUCUUUCAACGGUAUUAAAGCCUCCAAGUGCUCACAUUUAAAAGAGGCGUUUAGGGCCAGAACGAAAGUAAGUGCUCCACCGCGGCUAGAAUUAAAUAGUUAGGCGCUGAUAAGAUGGAGACACGUGUCAGCUUUAAUCGCAUUUGUCAACAUACUGUAAAUAUUUAUUUUCGCAAACUAAUUGCCGGCGGUCACGUAAAUGUUCACAGAUGCAAGCAUACCCCUGGGCGAUGUAUGUAUAUAAUUAUAAUUACAACGUAAACGUUUAAGCGCGCUUACAGGCAAUCUGUAAACUUCAUUUGCUUAUUCCAUGCAUAAACACAUAGUUGAGAGCAUAUCCUGUGCCGUUGUAACUCACAUCGAAAUCAAAAGGAAGCGCAAAAUGUCUACCACACAUCAGCUAUUGCUCACUACACUACUGACGGCGUUAUUUUACCGCGCCACGGCAGUGCAUAGCUGGGAUCGCGCGUACAUUAAAGAUUUCCUUUUGCCAAUGAUGCCAUUCGUACAACCACAGGAAAUCGCUUGGUUUAUAAGCGAACAAUUGAGCAAGACGAUAUACGUUGAAAUAGAAGAAUUCAUAGUGGAGUUCGACGACGAACUCAAGCUUACGCAGACAGUAUUGACGCACAGCAACGACGUGCCUUUUAUCGCAACGGAAAUGAAAAAAAAUAUAUUAUCUAUAGUGUUUACGAGCGGUCCAGACGAUAGUAUUAUGGAUGUACACGAUGGUGCGCUACACAAUCGUCACAACACCUUCAGUUUUGUCGUUAUGUUGAAUGGCAUAACAGAUUUUGGCGUUGUUGUGCAAUUUUUGCAAGAUCUUCGUCGACGUAAAUUUCAAAAACCCAUACUGUACUAUGUCGACGAUGAUGGACAUAAUCAAGUUUAUAGUUAUACUGUAUUUCCGCGUUUUGAGAUAUUGGAUCGUGCCAACUACCUUAACGAAUUACCUGACGAGUAUGCGCGCUUCUUAGCUGGUGGUUUGGAGACUAUGGGUUAUGAAAUAUGUACGCCAUUGCGCCAGGAUUUACCAGGCGUAUUUAUUGCGCCAAAUGCGUCCGGCGAAAUCGCAAGCUGGCAGGGUAGCUCAUUCAGUUUGCUCAAACUCUUUACGGACUAUAUAAAUGCGACGCUGGUGAGUUAUGAAAUGCCGAAAGAUCGUUUGGGUGGCAAUGUCAUCGACAUGAAGGCCGCCAUGGAUUUGUUGCGUCACGAUAAUAUUACUUUUCUAGCGCAUGCUUACGCCUUAUUCUAUGAGGAUGACAUCAUUAGCUUGAGCUAUCCCAUAGGAGUGGUGCGUUGGUGUCUCAUGGUGCCGAUUUGGAAUAGUGUUACAACAAUAUUUUAUCCAUUGGAACCCUUCGAUGACCUCACUUGGUGGUGUAUUGUGGUGGUUUUCGGUGCCUUGCUGUUGGUGCAAACUUUAUGUUGUCUCCUGCACGGCACCCACGAGUUGGCGGCGCGUUUAAGUGAUGGCAUUUUACGCAGCUUCUGUUUGAGUACGGGCAUAAGCGGACCCAGCUUGAUGGCGGCACCAAAUGCUUUGGAUUUUUUUAUAUUUACCACAUUUUUCUUUUACGGUUUCUUUCUCACCGCCAACUAUACCUCAUUGUUGGGCAGCAUACUAACGGUCACUUCAUUCCGCGCACAAUUCAACACGAUUGAUGAUCUAAUAACCGCAAAUCUUUCUGUGCUGAUUAUCGAUUAUGAAUUGGAGUUUCUGCACUCAGGUGGACUAAGGCUGCCCGCGAAUUUCUCACGUCUCAUCCAACCGGUGGAUGUGGCAACCUUCAUAAAGUAUCAAUACAGCUUCAAUACAAACUACGCAUACUUUGUAACCGAGGAAAAGUGGCACUUUCUCGAUUUGCAGCAACAGUAUCUGAAGCCGGGCAUUUUCAAAUUCAGCAAAAUAUGUUUUGGUUCAUUCUUUCUUGCCUUUCCCAUGCAACGUGAUUCGCUCUUCUAUCGCAGUUUAGAGUACUAUACGUUUCGCAUGCAUUCAUCGGGCUUGAUGCAUCACUACGAGCGCACCGCCUUCGAUUAUGCGGUACAUGCAGGUCUCGUAAAGCGUCUGGCUCAAAACCCGGAUUACACUUCGGCUGGCAUGCAACAUUUGUUUGUCGUAUUUCUUAUGCUCAUAACAAUGCAUGCUGUGAGUUUUUUGAUUUUUCUGCUUGAGCGUUUAAGCCGCAGAAUCAUGGUGAGCGCAAUCCCACCGCAAAGUGUUCUGCUCUCACGUGUGAGUACCGCAGAGUGUAUUAAAAAAUAAUCGCUAGCCAGAAAUGCUCUACUUAAGGCUCGUGUUGUUUUAUAUGGUUACUUAAGUUUUACUGAGUAACGCGAAGGUCUUAGUUAUAAUUGCAGAGCUUCACGAUUCCUCAAUAGCUUCUACAGCAAAAAAUUAAAUUAAAUUAAAUAUAUAUGAUUUAAAUAAAACUAUGAA